AUGCCAUUCUGGUCUCGGAAGGGGUCAAAGACCAAAGCAGCGGACAGGUCCAAGCCAGUGGACAAGCCCGAGUCCGUGUCCAGGGAGGAAGAAUGCAGGGAAAAGUACAACUACGCGAGGAACCGGUGUCGUCGACUGGUUCCCACUGACACCGCUUAUAAAACCUCACUGGGCAUCCUCAUCCUCCAGCACCUACAUCGUCUGCAGUUGCUCGGGUCUCUCGCCUCAGAAAGGCUCCGCCGGCACGGGGAAACUCUCACCAAAGUGAACGACAGCACGCCGCCACCACCGGCUUACAGUAAGCCGGCGGUGCAGGAACAUCCUCACCUGAAAGCAGAAGUGAUCGAGCUUCGCAGAGACUACUGGAAGCAUCAACUUCGGUUGCAGGACGAGUACCGACAGCGUCCACAUCCGACAAGUCCACGCAUGGAACUGUUUCUGGUCGGCCAUGAAUAUAAGAAUCAGUAUGGCCAGCCGUACGAAUUCGUGGACUCGCAACAGGAAUGUGCCAAUGCAGGGGGCUGCUGCGCACGGUCGUGCGGGUGUUGUCAGAGGGGGCUUUAUGCCAUAGAAGCCAAGAAGGAUCGAACGAGCCCCGUCUACGGCCACUGCACUCUGGAGUGCGCUUGCUGUAUCCAGUUUCGCGAGUGUUAUGUGCCUGAUGAGCGUCUGUCGCCUCCGAAGACCAAGCCUCUGCUCAGAUGAAGUUGUCUUGUGUAUAGGGCUCUGUAUCGGGUGCUCUAUCAGGAUCGCCUUGGUCUUUAUAAUCUGAGGGAUAUAGAUGGCGCCACCACGGUCUGCCUAUCCACAGGCUCUACCCGAGAAAUCGCUAAUCCCUCGCUUUGCCCCUACUGCUUUAUACGUCGUUUGUACUGGCUUUCUUCUUUCUUCUCUCUUCUCUUGGAAUCCUCCCAUCUCCAUUUAAUCUCUCUUCAGCCUGUUAUCAACCAUUCUUGAACUUUCUGCGACCCCUCCUUCAAUUAUCUUCCACCUCCAUGAUACCGCUCGCCAUCUUCUGGCUUACAAUAAAUCC